GGGCGGGUAAGAGGUAGUUGUUGUUACAAGCUCUCCGCCAUCGGCGCAAAGCAUGUUUCCUAGUGUCUUUAAGUCGCUAGUAAUCGUGAUUGCGGCGUCGGGCGAGAUUGAGGCGCGACGGAGAUCAUCGGGACGCGCUGCCAAUUGGGAACGCUUCCACUUCCAUCUUACGUCCGCGCGGUAGCGAUUCCGCUGCUCUGAGGACGCCUGCGUGUCGGAGAGCAUCGGUGAACAACUGCAGCUGAAGACAGCACGCCGCCGGCGCGCACGCAACAAAGAAAGAAAAGGCGAUGGGCAAGCGCCGCCGCGAACAGUUAAAUGCGGACGCGGAGCGCCUGCAGGUCCAGCGCCUCGGCGAGCUCGUCGACCGCGAGAACGCGCUGCUCCUCUCGGACCUCCCCGCGCAGUACCAGGCCGCCUUCGCCCAACCGUUGAGAACGGAGAGCAAACUCCGGAAAUACCUCGAAGGUUUAGAUGGCUUCGAGCUCUGCGAAGGCGACAAGCCCGGCACGCAUUGCCUGCGGCGCAAGGCGUCUGAACAACCGCAGAAGAAGGCGCGCCGCGAGGUCCGGACGACCGCCGAGAACGUGAUUAGUGUGGAGGCGUCGCCGGCGCCGCAGUCCGAGUUCAAUCCCGUCCGCCGGGCCGCGUCGCCGCUGCAGAAAUUACAUGACGAAAUCCUCGCGUUUCGCGACGUGGUGGCGCCGUCUUCAACAGAGCGGGCGGCGCGCGAGGACGCCUUUCGCACGCUGGAGCGGGCGGCGAAGAGCUGCUGGCCGCGCUGCGAAGCGAAAGUCUUCGGGAGCGCUCUUACCAAACUCGAGCUGCCGUCGUCGGACGUCGACGUCGUCGUGUUCGGCGCGCCGGUGGACAAGGGCUCCGGCGGCGUCGCGAAGCGGCUGCGGACGCUGGCGUCGGCGCUCGAGGACCUGGGCGCGAUCGCGCCGAGGUAUGGUACCGUGUCCUUUUGAACGCCAUCGACGUCCGGGAGACUCGUAUGCCGUCGACGCGGCGAUGGCGUCCGCGAGGGGAGUUUGGCACGCCUCGUUACGCCAUCGACGCGGCGGCGCCAUCGACGCGGCACGCUCGCAGGUCCCUCGAGGUCGUCGAGUCCGCGCGGAUUCCCCUCGUGAAGUACGUGGACGCGGCCUCAAAUACCGCGGUAGAUGUCUCAUUUGACGUGGAAAGUGGCUUACGAACAGGAAAGUUAGUAAGGAGUUAUAUGGACGCGAUGCCUCCUCUCAGACCAUUAGUCUUGGUGCUCAAGUUCUUCCUCGCCCAACGAGGCCUGAACGAGACGUUCACGGGGGGUGUUGGAAGUUACAUGCUCCAGCUCAUGGUCGUGUCGUUCUUACAACAGAGACAUAGGACGGACCGCGCUACUGGACUUGUCUCGCCCCAGAAUUUGGGGUCCUUGCUCCUGGAGUUCUUUGAAUUGUACGGGCGGGACCUGAACCCCACGAUUACGGGGAUCUCGGUGCGGCGCCACGGCGCGUACUUCCCGAAGCGGUCGCGGAACUGGUUCAAUCCGGCGCGGCCCAACUUAUUAGCUAUUGAAAAUCCAGAUGACGACAAGCUCGACGUCGGCAAGAACUCGUACAACUACCACCGCGUGCGCCGCGCGUUCGACCACGCGCACGACGCCAUCGUCGCCGCUUCCACCAGAGAGGACUGGCGGCGGACUUGUUUGUUGGGGAUCGUCGUGGACAUGAGCGUGUGGAACGAGCGCGUGCUUCAGCGGGGGCUUGGGUAAGUUGUUGAUAAAACAUCG